AUGGCCAAUCUUUACCUGAUGCAAGCCUUGUACGCCCCGAAGCCGCCUCAUUCUACCCCUAGUCCUGCUGUUUCUGCGCUCGACGGCAUGCAGCGACAACAGACGCAGUCUGCAACCCCCGAGCAAGCCAUACAUGAACCACCUGAACCCGACUCGGAGGCCACUGCGCGCUGGAAACCGACUGGUGCCAAUGUUCAGUCAGUCGGCAUCAAGAGCGAGCUCCCGAGCUCCGACGCUGCGGACAGAUUCUUGGAAUCGCUCCCGUCUUUUCCUGGCAACAUCGCUGUCACGCCUUCUUCACCCUCGUCUAUGACACUGCCUGACGGCCUCACGUACCCAAUUGAGCGAUACCUACCACCUGCGGGACCAUACUACGACCAGAAUGCUCUCCUUCCCGUCUUUGGCCCGAUGUUCUUCAAGUACAAACCCUGUAUGAUCUGUUGGACCUGCCACCCCGCCGCAGGUUAUUCGACCACGUCUUGCGGGAAGGUAUGCAAGGUCUGCGGAACCCGCCGCCACCCUGACGAGAGCUGUUCCCUAUUCUACUGUAAUAGAGACUGGUAUCGCCAGCAGGAGAUUCCAUGCGGUCCCAACACCCUUCGAGAUCGACAAAUCCGUCCGGACAAACAAGAGCUCGCCGUCCUCUCUUAUAUCGGUGUCAUGUAUCUUGCACGCGGUCCAAACAACACUGUUCUUGUGAACCCAAGGCAUCCGAUCGUUCAAAACUUCUACAAGGACAAGCCAAGGUCGAAGGCACUGAUGCGGAAGAUAUUCGAAGCGGAACCGAGGCAUCACUCGGCGUCCAUUCCAUCGCGCCGUGGGCCAACGCUCGUGGCGAACGCCCCUCAGCAGCAACCCCUCCCGCCGCCGAUGGGCUCAUACACCAUACCGAUAAGAUCCGUGGACAACAGCCUCGACCCGCGUCUCCAGGGUCGCACGUCAUAUGGUGCGCCCGGCCAACUGGCGCUUCCGCAGCCCGAUACCGCCAGCAACAGCAGCGAAACCCCGACUGACCCAGAAGACAUCGAAAAGAAGCUUCAGGAUCAGGAGGUCGAGAAUCUGAACUUGAGAAUGCAGGCAGUUGUGAAGGAUCGUGAGAUUCGGAAGCUCAGGGCAGAGCUCGAGCAGCUGCGUGCUCAAGCUGCUGACACUGGUGGCGCAUACUAG